CCCGUCGUCAUCCUCACACCGUUCUUCUGCCGCAGAUCCAGAGAGAUGGUGUCCGGUUCAGGGAUCUGUGCGAAGAAAGUCGUGGUGGACGCCAGGCACCACAUGCUCGGCCGCUUGGCUUCCAUUUUGGCGAAAGAGCUCUCGAACGGUCAAAAAGUAGUGGUCGUUCGAUGCGAGGAAAUAUGUCUUUCCGGUGGACUUGUGCGCCAAAAGAUGAAGUACUUGAGGUUCCUCCGUAAACGGAUGAAUACGAAGCCUUCUCAUGGCCCUAUUCAUUUUAGGGCUCCUUCUAAGAUUUUGUGGAGGACCAUUCGUGGAAUGAUACCCCACAAGACAAAGAGAGGAGAAGCUGCCCUUGCACGCUUGAAGGUUUAUGAGGGUGUUCCACCACCAUACGAUAAGAUAAAGAGAAUGGUCAUUCCAGAUGCCCUUAAGGUCUUAAGGCUUCAAGCUGGCCAUAAGUACUGCUUGCUGGGUAGGCUCUCGUCAGAAGUUGGAUGGAACCAUUAUGAUACUAUUAGGGAGUUGGAGGAGAAGAGGAAAGAGAGGGCCCAGGCAACAUAUGAGAGGAAGAAGCAGUUGACAAAGCUUAGAGUGAAAGCUGUGAAGGCUGCUGAGGAGAAGCUUGGCUCUGAACUUGACAUUCUUGCUCCGGUCAAGUAUUGAAGUUCAGUUCUCUACCGCAUUUGCUUUUGCUUUGUUUUAAUUCGACAGUUUUGUUAUUGGAUUAAAUUAUGAUAUAGGUAUCAUCAUUCCCUUCUCUUCCCUUCGGAUUGUUGAAUCCUCCUCUUGUGCAACUUGAAUCACUACUUCAUAUUUUACCAAAUGAUUUUUGCAGUCUUAUUCUCA